UCAUGCAAAUAAUGAGAAUGAUGAAAAUCUACGGCUGGUUCUUGUCAUGCAAAAUGAACACGAGGUGACACGUGAAGUUCAGAAGAGCAAUGAUAGCAGCGAUACAAUGCAACUCAUCCAAGAGAACAAAGAAAAUCUCAAGGCCUGGAUCGGAGUGGAUCCCUCGCCCUUCCUGGAGCAUCUCAACAGCCUCAAUUUGAUCCCUCGGCACGUUCACCAAGCGGCCGUCAUCAAGGGUGGAGAGGAGAGUGUUGAGCUCGUACUGGACCACUGCAUCAGCCAGGGAGAGGCGGGCUGUGAGAAGCUGUGGGAUGCCCUCUACUUUGUGAGGAAGCAAUACGUGCAGCUGUGGAAGUGGAUUCAGAAACACGGCGAGGCAUUGAGGGCCAUUCGAGAUAAGGAGUCCGAUCUGAAGCUGUGGAUUGCCAGAGACCCCAAGCAUAUUUUGCUGCAGCUGAUGAGUCGUGGACGGAUCCCAAACGAGCUCUUCACCAAGGCCAAGGGCAUCCGGGAUGGUGCAGAGUGCGCAGAGCUGCUGCUCAACUACUUCAUAGAGAGAGGGAACGACGACUGCCUCAAGCUGCUCAUUGCUCUGCAGGCUGUGCAGGACGAGUAUUCUGGACUCAAGAAGUGGCUGGGAGGCCUUGACUUCCUCCGGAGACUCUCCAACAAGUCCCCCGUGGUUCUGAACAAGUACAACGACUUUGUCCUCCGGGACAAAAUCCGCUUCAAGACGAGGGAGCUGCUCAUGGCACUGCGCGACGACCUGACGCCUCUGCUCUCCCAACUGCAGAUCAGGAACAUACUCACCGACAACUGUGUGCGGGCCGUGAAAGAAAUGCAAGCUCGGCAAGGCAGCGAGAAGGCGACACAGCACAUGGUGGAGUUGGUGAUGGCGAGGGGACGACCCAGGGUGAAGCAAUUCUGGGAGGCGCUUUGGGACCUCAGGGAAAGUUACCCAGACCUGGAGAACGUCUUUGAGAAGUUUUAAUGGAUGGAACCGGAAAGAGAGGGAAAACUGACAGCGACUUUGACUUGACAUCACGAAAUUGGCGCCAGAAAGAUGUGGCCACUACGUGAGCAUAUUGACACAACAACACAGGGAGAGGAAAGUGGAAACAAAUGACGAAACGUGCAGUGAACCACCACCUAUGAAUAUGGGGAUAUCUGCCCUAUGGAUCGUGAUGAUGAAUGGAUAUGGGGUGGGGGGAGUAGUUGUGGUCCAGUGGUUAGUGCACUGACCAUAUCACGGUGGCUAGGAUAUGUUAAUUACCCCGCCUCGUAUACAGGACAGGAGGUCGUGGCUUCGAUCGCGACCCAGACGCUUGCUGUUUAUUUGGAGUUUGCAACAUCUCUCUCCCCGUGGUCACAUGGAUUUUUAUCCAAGUCCUCCGCUUUUUCCUUCCACAUGAAGAAUCAAUGUGAUGCGUUAAUGGUAUUUGGCUGCUUUAAAAUUCCACGUGACACUUCGUUGAGCUUUCAUUUCGGAUAGCCAUGUCGCUUCUGAAAAAUAGCUACUAUAUAGCUCAUUGGGCCUUUACUUGUAAAAUAACAAAAAAAUGUUGAUCAUUUAUGAACAUAACUCAUCUGUCUGCUUCUUCCUUGGCACCACUCCACUUUGCAAUUCCCUCCCAUCGUGUCUUGUUUCCCCCAAGUUUUUGUAACAACCCUUGCCCAAUUCAAGAAAGGUAUUGUCCAUUGACAGCCAUGCAGAGGAAUGUGCAUGGUUGUCGUGUGGGGUGUUUAGUGAACGAGACCGGAUUAAUCGGUCCUAUUCAUUAAGAUUACUAUCAUUCAUCUUUGGUUCAUUUAAGUUAUGGUCGGCUUAUUUUAACUUUGUUUUAUUAUUUAAUAAAUAGCAUCACGAUAUAAUUUUAAAAAUAUAUUUAAUCACAGGCCAAGCAAGAUGUAUUCACUUGCUUUAGAUCGCUGCCACUUCCAGAGCAGACCACUUUGCCAGGCUUCCUCACUGCCAGGCCAGGGAUGCCUGAUAUGGCCAUGGUCGCCAUUUUAAAAAAAUGGCCACGAGUUAUCAGCCCCGAAAAACAUUCGUAGAAGAUUACAAUUCUUGCUCGAUUAGUCAUCAUUAUUGAUGUCAUCACUUUGCUCUAUUCGUCAUCGUCAGUGAUGUCAUCACCUUGCUCUAUAUUCAUAUUCAUCGGUGAUGACAUCACCUUACUGGAUUCAUCAUAGAGUAAGGCGAUGAGGUGAGAUGACGGUCACCCCCGACAAUGCAGGCUAUCUGCCUACCAUCAAUGCUCCAGCGACACAAAUGUCUACUGUCAACAAGGUUCUUAACCAGUCACUGAGCGUCAUGAAGUACUUAAGCCUGACACAAAUAGUUUGCCUAUUUGACCAAGCCGUGUAUGCCAAGGCUGUCGACAUCACAUGGAGACACUGUGACAAGUUCCAUGAUAUCAUCGUCAGGCUUGGGGUAUUCCACACCAUCUGCACACUGCUGGCAAGAAUAGGAAAGCGUUUCUAAGAUGCUGGACUCCGAGAUCUCUGCAUUGAGUCUGGCAUGAUCGCAGAAGGCUCCAUUGCUGGUGUUAUGGAUUACCGCAAGCACAACAGAGCAGUGCGACUUCACAAGGUCCUAUAUGAGGCUUUAAUGUGACUGACAUGGAAUGGUUUCCUGUCCUGGUUGGAAGCAACUGACAUUAGCGACAUGUUCCACCGGUAUGACACACUGAGGAACAUUGACAACCUUGGGAAAGAAGUCUCACAAGCCGCUUUGAACGAGGUCCUCGAGAACAGCUCAUGUACACGCAUCACGGAACUGUUUGAAGUCUACCGUGAGUUCCUCAGAGGUGGAAACGGCAGCCUCUCGACCUUCUGGAUGCCGUAUUUGGACAUGGUUGAAAUAUUGUUGGGGCUCAUCCUAGCAUCCAGAGAGGGAGACUGGAUGCUACACUUGGCAAGCAUCCGAGCAAUGAUCCCAUGGGGCUUCGCUUAUGCGAGAAUUAAUAUUGCACGCUACCUCCCCUACUACUACUACGACUAGAUGUCUCAGCUACCCAUCACACCCAGAUGUGUACACAAAAUUAAUGGAAGGAGGCUUCUCAGUUCAACUGAACUCCACCAAUACUUUUGGCCGAAUCCCUGUUGACCAAGCUAUAGAAGAAACGGUGAACAAAGACACCCAGACAGCUGGAGGGACAAAGGGAUUCAGCUUGAAGCCAGGAGCCGUGACUAAAUAUUACCUAACAGCUGAGUACAGAAGCAUGUACCUCAGACAGCUGAGAGACCUGACAGGUCAAGGCAGGUCCAAACUGUCCCAUCCAGAUCUAUAGUGUCCAAGGAUCAAGAGAGAUGAAACAGAUGUCUAGUCUCUCAUUGACCUCAUGGAGAAUAGCUGGAUCAAUCUUAUGUCCCCUGAUGAGACAGAUCUGGUUAGCCUCUCCACUGGCACCAUGGCUCUACCUGAUGUGACCAGGGAUUUCUUGAGAGCUCUUGAGAUAGGAGAAGACGCCUACCAGGUAUUCAAUCAACCAAGGUUAGAUGAGGACCCACAAUCUGUGAAGUUCCACGACAAGAUGACCAAGCAAAGUCUGAAGACAUUCUCCAAAAUCAGUACAAAAACGGCACGUGGAAAGAAAGCACAGGAUGUUGCUCUGAAGGCAGAUAGAAACCUGUUCAGCCACAUGAACCUGGUGGCUGAAAGCAGGAAGGUGAAUAUGAAGGAUGUCCUUGCCCACCCACUGGGCCCACUGCCACGGGCACUGGCAAAUGCUGAUGGUCCCUACGAAAAACAAACAAGGCUGCACUUGCCAGAGAGCUUGAAAAGAAUGUGUCUCCUGCAGAAGGCAUCCCAACCCCAUCUACUUCCAUCAUUGAUGGGAUGAGCCUGGUCCAAAAAAUGAAUGGCAACAACAAACCUUUGCACAGGUGGCAGAGCCAGCCUUGACCCAGGUCCUCCACGAGGGGCACAGAUUUAGAGGAUUUAUGUGUUUUACAUCUACCGACAGACUUCGAUCAAAUAUGCUGAACGACUGAACCGGAGUGCAGACACCACUCUCCAGUACAAGAACCUUGCAGGAGGACACCACGUCCAGCAGUGGAGAAAAUUCCUGUGCAGUCCCUCCAACAAGACCAGUCCCAUCAAGUUUAUGGUGGAAGAGUGGAAACUUCCACGAUACAGAGAUGCUGUAUGGCAAGGUGUUGUACAUGACCUGUGAGGAAACCUGCUACAAGUUGACAGAAUAUGAGUGUGAGGAAGAAGCAGAGCUGCACUCUACGCAUGAAAGAAGCUGACACCUGUCUGCUGCUGCAUGCAUUGCAUGCAGCUUAAUGUGGUCUCAAAGACAGUAUUAUCACAGCUGAGGACACUGAUGUCAUGGUUCUUUGUCUUGACUUCUAGAAGGACAUCACCUGUCCCAUCUGCCAGAAGUGUGGGAGACAGAACCGCACAUGGUUUGUGGAUAUCAGCAAAUUGGCAAGGUCACUUGGAGACAGUAUCUGUGACAGCCUAAUUGGCUCACACGUCUUCACAGGCUGCGAUAGUCAGUGCAUUCGCCGGUCGAGGGAAGCUGAAUGCCCUGAAGAUGGUGAGAAAGGACACUUCCUGCCAAUAUACUUUUAGUCGACGGGGGCAGUCAUGGAAUGUGAGUGUUGAGCUGUUCCAGAAAUUGAGCAGUUCACCUGUCGCAUUUAUGUUGCUAACAGCAGCACUGGUGAGGUGAACGAACUGUGCUACCAGCUCUUCUGCACCAAAAGGGUAGAAGUCGCGUCCAGCCAGCUGCCACCAUGUAGUCUUGUGGAGGCUGUCCCUUCAUGCAUGUUCAACGAGCCAACUAUCAGGCAGCAAUCUGGAAGUGCUGCCUGCAGGCUAACCCUGUGGUGCAAAGCACUACCGAGUAUGGAUGGACAGACGAUGAUGGCAAGCUGGCCAUUUACUGGAUGUGCUCCCCACUUGCACUAGAUGUGGUCUUGGAACUGCUAGCAUGCAAGUGUGUGCGUUCAUGCAAAAUUCCAAGCUGCACGUGCCUGUCGAAUGGACUGACAUGUGCAGGUUACCCACCUGCAGUAACCAAAACUGCAGGAUGAUCCAGAACCUGACUUUGAACUCGGGGAGUCAGAUGACAAGAUAGACGAGCAGUUUGAUGAGUGACACAAGGUGGUGAUUUUGAUGGUAUUACUGUGGUAGUAGUAGUAUACAUUGAUGCACAGUGUGGUGAUUCUGGACUUGGUUACCCCUGUUAGCACCAUCUAACUACUCACAGAGAUUGAUAACAAUAAUGUAACCUUCACAUAUACCCAUCACUAAUGAUAUAUAUGGGAUUACAUGUAUCAUUGACUAAGUAUAUAAGAAUGUAAAUGUUUAUAAUAUCCAAGUAGAUCCUUACCUCACUAUUGUAUUCCUUAUUAUCCUGUGUU